ACUUUAGUGUAUGAUCACAGUGGGGUUCAAGUUAGGGGAUUAACGCUUGAAAUAUUCCCUAUAGUUAGGCCCGGUCGUUAAGCAUAUCAGGACUCAGCUGGUGCCUUGGGGUGGUCCUAGGAGCGGGCGACCAGCGUUGUCUUCUGUUCUUGCCCAUGGAUUUUACAUGGCUGAGACGAAACCUGAGCAGCGAGUGCGGAUCUUUAUCUUGAUUCUCAUUUCAGGGACACUUUCUCAUGAUAUGAUUUCACGUGCGCUCAUUUUCUAUCGUCCUUCUCCGGUCAGGAUCGGCGAGAUAGGAUCCUGAUCGAAGAAGGACUUGUGGGAUUCCCCGGCUAUACAAGAUUAUCACGAGGGAUCCUAUCACCAACGCCUUGUGGGAGUCUGCUGGCUUAGGAGAUUUCUAUUCAGCGGUCGUAGGAUUUCGAAGCCCCCAGGGUUGUGGUUCGACAGUUGUUCGUGCGUUGUUGGAGUAUUUUUGGGAUACUACCAACACUUUUAACUUUGCUUGGGGGGAGAUGACAAUAAUCCCUCUGGACUUUAGCAUGAUCAGCGGCUUACGCUUCACCGAGCAGGUCGUACGGCAGAUUCCUGACCUCACUUGGGGGGCGGCUGAGGUAGCAGAUUUGUUAAGCUCGGUCGUUCGGCAUAUCAGGACUCAGCUGGUGCCUUGGGGUGGUCCUAAGACCGGAAGAUCAGAGUUGGCUUCUGUUCUUGCCCAUGGAUUUUACAUGGCUGAGACAAAACCUGAGCAGCGAGUGCGGAUCUUUAUCUUGAUUCUCAUUUCAGGGACUUUUUCUCAUGAUAGGAUUUCACGUGCGCUCGUUUUCUAUUGUCCUUCUCCGGUCAGGAUAGGCGAGAUAGGAUCCUAUAGUUGGGCUAGCAUUGGAUAUGCUGAUCUGCUCUUGUCGCUGCGUCAUUGCUGUAGGCAGCUGAAUGACCAGGCCCCUAUUGCUGUCUACGGUAUUUGGAGAGUCGUAGAGGUGAAGAUCUUUCUUCUUCUUGUUUUGUUUUGACCUGCUUAACUCAUGUGCUUAGAGAUUAUUUUUCAUUACAAUUGUGGUUCUAUGAGUACUUUCCUGGAUGGGCCCCUCGACAGCGUCGCGGAGCGGUCCAUGAUUUCCCUGUUGGAGCCAACUGGCGUGACCGAGUUGAGUAACGAGUAGAGUUCGUAUCUGCGCUACGCGGGCUGCUGCGCCGAGGCACUUCUUCUGUUAGUGUUGCUGUUGAGAUCCAGUAUCGCCCUUAGGAUGAGAUGACUGAUCUUCUAGAGGCCUUGGAGAUUUCGGCGUGUCGUACUGUUUUUGUUUGUACUGCACGCAUUGUUUGGUAUCUUGGGGAGUGCUUUGUUCGUCAGCACAGCAUUGACCGCUUUGUGGUGCCUUUGCCUCCACCGGAUUCGAUGAUGGACUCACUUUGCUUGGGACGUUGAUGAACAGGGGAAGCGCUACACAUUUCCUUAGCAGGAGCUUGUGCGUAUGGAGGGCAAUUAUUCACAGGACUUGCUUCCUUCUUUGGCUCCACCGCCUUGUCUUCCCGAGAUUGUUCGUCAUAGGGGGAAGGUUGUGGUCCCGCCUCAAUCUGUCCGUUACCUGGAGCCGAUCAGUAUUACUGAGGAUUAUAUUGUUGAUGUGUCAAAGAGUUUUAGACAGGCACAUGAGUCUCUGCCUGAUGUGUUUGAUCCGCUUAUGCACUCGGACAUGAUGGGAUUUAUGAGGCUGGUUGACGCUUUAAAGUACUACAUCAUCAAGUUUCGACGUGGUGCGAGUUGUCGGGGCGGUUCUGGCGAUGUUCUCGAGGAGUGACAGAGAUCUCGCUCGCGCUUGAGGCAUAGAGACUAAGACAAGGGGGAGCCUAGUCACCGCAGACGAUCUCUUGAGGUUGGUCGGCAUUCACAGUCUUAGCGACAGCCUUAGCCUUCUCAGCCGUUUCAGGAGACUUAGUGGCAGCAGCCUCAAUCUUCUCACCCAUUCCAAUAGGGGUGAGCAUGUGACGGGUACCCGUACCGUUAAUACUAACAGUUCGGGUACCCGAUAACCAAAAUCACUAAAAGUGAUACCCAUAAUCGGAACCGAUAAGUUCGGGUACCUGGAUUUUUAGAUCGGUUAUCGGGUACCUAAUAAGAUAUCCAAUAAUGAUAAUUCAACUUAAUUAUAUAGUUAUUAUGAGAUAAUUUACAACUAACUAAAAACAAUACCAUAUGAUCGAUCUUGACCAAAUUAUGAAUAAUAUAACUAAUCAUUGAUAUUACAAUGUGAUUAUGAAGUAAAGUAAAAGUUUAGAUUUAUAUUAAUAGAUUUAAGUAGGGAAAGAAAGUAAAAAAAAAAAAUGCUUAUCGGAUCGGAUCGGGUAACCGUUAAUUUUAAAAUGAUAACCAUAACCAUACCCGAUUACAAAUUAUCGGAACGGGUACCCAAACCGUUAUGGUUAUCGGAUUGGGUACCCUAAUUUUCGGAACGGUUACAAAUCAGUUUUUCGGGUUUAUGGUUUUUCGGGUAGUUUUGCUCAGCCCUACAUUCCAGCACUUUCAGGGUUAGUGGCAGCGGCCUUCAUCUUCCCUUCCUGAGUUCAGGCCAUUCUUUACUCCCGUGGACCAGGAUUUAUACUCAGUUCCAUUUUCUAGGGCGCUGCCUCCACCGGUGCAGGGCUUAUUUUCAGUUCCAUUGUCUAGGCUGAUGCCUCCACCGACGCUUCCUACCUCUUGGAGUCAUCCUACGUCGUUUCCCAGCUAGAUAGGUCCUGCUUUGAGUUUGUCUUCUAUUGGAGCUAUAGGGACUAGUAGGGAUACUACUCCUCGUACCUGGAUGAUGGAGGGACUCUUUAGUCCGCCGUUCCCGUAUUCGCAGGCUCGAGAUGACCCUCAUCUUAAGUCUUCUUGGAUUUUUAACCGAGGUUUUUUAUUAUAUACUUUGAUUGAUGAUACUUGACACUGUUUAUGCAUCAUGACUCACAUUGUAUAUUUUAUUCAAAGUUUAUGCAUUUAUUAAUGUGUGUAUUAGUGUGUGCUUGAGACUCAUUCUGUGUGAUUGUGUAUUUAUUAAUUACGCGAAAAAAUCGUAAGUGAGGGUACCGACCUUCCCUAAAAGAAAAAGGAAAUGAAAAAUGGGACAAAUUUUGC